GAUAAGGCCAUCCUCCCUUUAUUGAGUUCACUUUGCAUGCAGCAGCUGAAAUGGUGGAAGCAAAAGGGUUGGAGAUAUUUGAAGUUGGGCCCUGUGAAGAUGCAUACAGAAUGGGCUUCCUGAUAGGCCAGAGGUUUUCAAACCAGAUAAAGAGCAGGUUGGCCAAUGACCUCAUUCUUCAAAACCAGCUCCUCCCUUUUGCUCAAACCCCAGAAGCACAGCAACUUCUCCAAUCUCUCACUGAAAAUAACAGAAACAAGUUUCCAAGAUAUUGGGAGGAGCUCAUAGGAACAGCAGAGGGAAGUGGGGUGCCAGUUCUUCAGAUUAUACUAAUCAACUUCAGGAAGGAGAUUCUUGCAUUUCUUCCUAAGAUGGUGAUAAACCAGGGAAUCGAUACCCCAGAUGACUGUUCUGAUGUUCUUGUUGCUAGUGAGUCCAUGGCAGUUGUGGCACACAAUGAAGAUGCAAAUGUUGCUUUGGUUGGCCACGCCUAUUUGAUAAAGGGAACUCUGCUCAAUGGGCUAUCGUUCAUUGCUUAUACUUAUGCAGGGGAGCUCCCUAGCUGUGCAUUUGGGCUCAACAGCCAUGGAUUGGCUUUUACGCUGAAUUCGGUACCCCCUUCUGAAAGUGAGAUUGUUGCUGGAGGCAUAGGGAGGAACUUCAUCUCACGAGACCUCCUCGAAGCAGCAAGCAUUGAUGACGCAUUAUGUAGAAUCAAAUCAUCAGAAGUUUCCAUUGGACACAGUUACAAUCUGAUUGAGACCAGGACACGCAAAAUUUCGAAUGUAGAAACUGCGUCAAGAAACCGGGUUUCAGUUUAUGAGGUUGGUGCAACACCAUUCUUCCGUGCAAAUAUGUAUCUCCAUCUGCAGGUUGAUCAGGUACAUGAUGAGAACUCAAAAACAAGGCAAAGCAAAGCGGCUGUGCUACCUAAAAGAUCAAAAGAAGAUUUCCUAUCACUUCUAGGAGAUACAGAUGACCCAAAGUACCCCAUCUACAUGAUAGGUGAUUUAGAACAUAGAUUAAACUUCCUUUUUGUCCCCUCCAAGACGUUUGUGGUAACACUGUUUGCCGUGUUUCCAGGUCCAUUGCUUUACACUCUGUGCACAGCUGUGAUCGAUUUGGAUGAACAAACACUGUCAAUUGUUGAAGGGAACCCAAGAAAAGGAGAAAUCUCUCACAUCUUCUCUCUGUGUUCAAAAGAUUUCAAAAUGCCAUAACAAAAGUUCCAAGCAGCCUACUAUUUCAUCUAGUUGCAUUUAAGGGACUUCUUCUGGAGCUCCUAGGCGGGUUCGUAGAGGCCUAACAUGUGCCCAUCAAUACACCGCAUGGAUGCAACCUGGCCACAAGAUUGUUACAUGAAAUGCUGCAUCCACAAAAGCAAUAAUAGAAAAAUAAGUUACAUCAAAGUUCUUGUUAGAAUUUCGGUCAUCACCUUGCCAUGGAUUUCAUAUUUGAUAGGGCAAUCUAGCUCAGCUCCUAAAGCCAUUAGUUUUGUCAUUGUUUGAUUAAUGUCCUUCACUGUGAAAGACAGAAGUGAAGAGUAUCCCAUUCCCUUCUGCAUGA